CGUCUCAGUGUGAAAUGACAUCAGCUAAAUUAACAGUAUCGUGUUGACAAAGUGCUGUAACAGAUUUUAAACUCAGCUGAUUUUUACAGGUUCAACAGAUGAAACAACAGGAAAAGAGAAAUGAACAACAAUCAUUAGAAUAUUCAUUUGGAGUUUUCAUUCAUUUAUUUUUUUACGGUCGAUCAGGUUUGAUUGUUUAUCCAACCAGAACCGGAGGACAAGAUACGGAGCUAAGCCCCGCCCACACGUAGCUUUUAAUAUAACUGAGAAAUUAAAACAUAUUUCUGAGGUUUUCUCUCCGUAUUCUAACACAUUUAUGUAUCUGCUGACGUAUAAGGUUGUAAAAUGUGGAGAUUUCGCCAUUUAAGCGAAGAUAUAACGAUUAUUUUAGGCGUAACUACAGCUCCCGGCAGGCUCAAGCUGCCAGUGGCUUUUGGGAUAUAACCGCCCAGCUCGUGGAUUAUGGCCGAUCAGUCCUGAUUGACGUGCCCAUCGUCCAAUCAGAGGCGGCGCUGAAACAUACGGCCAACCCUGUGGCGCGGGGGGCGGGGCCGCAGAGGAGGGGGCAGGGCGCGAGGUAUCAUGGAGGAUCAGUAGGCAAACUGUGGCCGUCAGAGGAAAGCAGCGACCGCUCUGAUCCCGGGACUUUCUCAACAGUUUACCGCCCGCUUUUUAACCACCACACACGAAAUAUUUCAAGAUGGAGAUGAAGAAGAGGAUCAGUUUAGAGCUGCGGAACAGGAGCCCGGCGGAGGUAGCAGAGCUGGUGGUGGAUAACUGUCGCUCUGCUGACGGGGAGGUUGAAGGUCUGACGGACGAGUUCACGGAGCUCGAGUUCCUCAGUAUGGUCAACGUGGGUCUGAGCUCGCUGGCUAAACUGCCCUCACUGCCCAAACUACGCAAGUUGGAGCUGAGCGACAACAACCUGUCUGGUUCUCUGGAGACUCUGUCAGAAAAAUGUCCCAACCUGACCUACCUCAACCUGAGCGGGAACAAGAUCAAAGAGCUGAGCAAUGUGGAGGCGCUGCAAAACCUGAAGAGCCUGCAGAGUCUGGACCUGUUCAACUGUGAGAUCACGUCUCUGGAGGACUACAGGGAGAGCGUGUUCGAGCUGCUGCCUCAGGUAACUUACCUGGACGGCUUCGACCAGGAGGACAACGAGGCCCCCGACUCCGAGGCCGACGACGAAGAUGAGGAUGGCGAGGACGGGGCGGGGCCGACCGGCGACUACGAUGAGGAGGAUGAUGAAGAGGAGGAUGAGGACGGCUCAGAGGGAGGAGAGGUGGGACUGAGCUUUCAGGUGAACCAGGGCGAUCAGGUGGGCAACACAGGCUUCAGCCUGCAGGAGGACGACGAGGAUGAGGAAGACUAUGGAGAGGAGGAGGAGGAAGAGGAUCAGGCGGGCGUUCAGGGACAGAAGAGGAAGAGAGACGUGGACGACGAGGGCGAGGAUGACGACGACGACGAAGACGACUAGUCCUCCAGCCGACCGUCGUCUGUGUGUCGUCUGUCCUGUUUCUGUCCGUCUGUCCCGACCUCAGCUAGACAACAACAAACACUGCAGCAGCAACAACAACGGCGACGACAGGAACAGUGUGAUCUGAGAUAGUUCAUUUCAGUUUGUAAUAGAAUAUCACGUCUUUAUUUUUAGAUAAUAUAUUAAGAUUACAGAGAGAAGAUUUUAUCAGAACUUCACCUGUUCGUUCCCCCUUUAAGCUUCCCGCCUCUCCGGUAAGUUUGUCGUCUCUGAUCCUCGUCCGGAUGUCUCGCCGGCCGGCUGAAGUUUGGAACAUGGAAGUGACGUCUGUCGGGCUUCCUGUCAGAGAAAAACUACUUUCAGAUCCGAACCAGAUUUCAGUCUCUUUUGUCUCCAUGGUUGACUUUUUUCCUUCUGGCGGCUGCAGCUCCUGCUUUUAUGAAGCUGUUCAGAAGAACGAAUCCAAAAAAAACAGGUUUAUUUUUUACAAACUUCAGGGACGGGACGCUCUGCUCGCCAGGAACAAACAAUGAAAAAAAAAAGCUUCUGUUCUUCUGGAAAAUGUUGUAAACCAGCAGCUGAAGUCCUGAAGAGCUUCCUGACAUCGAUUCCUGAUGAAGUCGAGAGCAGAUUACAAGACUCAAGUCAACUGUUGUUUCUCUGUUCCAGACGCCAUGACGGUUUACAAACGCUAGAUUUGUAGUUGGACGAGUUAAACUCAAGGUUCACGUACUUUAACUACUCCUGAAGCUUCUGAACGCGUCUCGCAAACCUUUUCAGGUCAGGUGACAUCAGGUGACAUCGGGUGACGUCGGGUGACAUCAGGUCGUAACGCUGAUCUUUCCACAAGUCAAACUUGACUUAGAGCUGCAGCCGUUAGUUUAUUAAUCAGCUGAUCAGGAUUAAUUGGGAACAAUUUUUUCAUUUUUGACACAUUUUGACAAGUUUUUGACACAAAAAACAAAAUUUCCGGAGUCGUCGAUGAGACCGAGGUCUUCAAUUCUUCUCAACUGAAACUCAAAUAUUUAAUUGAAAAAGUAAUUUUCAGGUUAAUUGAUAAUAAUAAUCAGUUGGACUCUGAUCACAUUUAUGGCUGAAAGCUUCAGAAAUAGUUCAGUAAGUGAACCUUGAGUUCAGAGCUGCAACGAUUAGUUGCUGCCACGUUACUGUGAUGGAUCGACGUGUUUCAUGAUGAAACAGUCGGUGAUAAUUAAUCGUUAGCAGCUGAUCGUUGACGUUGGAUCUGCCUCCGAGCCGCCAGUUUCCUUUUUAAUCUCAACUCUGGAAAAACUUCAGAACCACCAAAGCGUGCAGCCGUCCGGAGCACAGACACGAAGAUUCAGAGUUAAACUGGACAGAAUCUUCACUCCUCGUCCUCGUCAGCCGCCAGCUGAAGUUUUUACUGUUUUACCUUCGACAGCAGGAAGAAGGAAGGAGCGUUCUCAGGAGUGCAGGCGCCGAGCCGCCGCCGCCGCCACUUUGUCUUUCUUUUUGGAUUUCUGAGCUUCGAACCAGACGGACAAUCGGCAUCAAACCUGCUUUACACUUUUAGAAAACAACUCGUCCUUCAGGUGUUCUGGAGGAUCAGAACCCGGUUCUUUCUGCAGCCAUAUCAGGAGAGCGCCCCCCCCCCCCCCCCCUUUUCAGGACCUCAGUGUGUCUAACACCCAAUCAGGGACCUCAUGUUUGUUUCCCCUCAGCGUGUUGAACUGAUCAGAAUCUUCCUUCACACAUCAAGUUUGAACAUUUUAGUCCGACAAACUGUCCCUGAACUGAAUGAAUAGUGAUCACAUUGACUCUUGUGUCUGUCACAUUUAGAUAUAUGCAGACCUGCUGUAGCUCAGGUCCCCAUAGAGAUACUACCAUAUUCCCAGUGUGUGUUUGAUUUAUUGUAGGGAUUUUACAGGGAAGAUUAGGGGGCGGGUGGGAGGAAAUAUUAGUUCUGAUGUGUUUUUGUUUUUUCAGUUUAACGGCGACACGUUUUUGACCCUGAAGAGCAGCUGUUGAUGUUUUUUAGUUUGUUAUGAAACCGAGCGGCUCGCCCCUCAAAACUGCCCGUCCCCUCAUGACCUUCAGACCGCCGCCGCCGCCGUGUCACACCUCAGGCUCCGCCUCCUCUAGUGGGCGUGGCCUUCUGACCAACCGAGCAGUUCAAAACCGAUCGACACUUAUGAUGCGUUCAGGUGCUCUUCAUCCUCUCGUGAAGCCAGUUUACCAGCAGGAAGGUUUCCAUCAGACAGAACACGCUCGACUCAAGGGCCACUUACUACAUUUCUUUCUUUUUUUUA